ACAAAUGCUUCUGUGCUGCGCUACAAGUGUAGCUGUUUGAACAGAGGACUGCCGUUCCUGCAUCACAACCUCUCUGUGCGACCAUACAAGAAGGUAAAGACACAUUAACUUAAUUCUGUAAUCCCUUGUCUUUCUGUUAUAUAUUCAAUACUGGUUUAAAUCAAUGUACUAAACCUUCUUGAAAUAAUAGAUAAAAUGUUCAGAUAGUUGCAAAUGCUUCAUAAUAAAUCUUUGCUAAAUUUUGUUGCACCUGGAGUCAAUGUAGUGUUGAAAAAGUAUGCAUCAAUACAGCGAGUCAUAUGCAUCACACACAAACACACAGCUAAUCCCAGUGUUGACCAGACUAUGGAAAGUUCCUGAUGUGUGUUGUUUAGGUGGUGGUGGUGAUCAUGUGCCUCUGGGUGUUCAGUGAGCUCAAUCAAAAGCCUCAAAAGCCAGUUUGAAUGACAGCUAACAGACUCCACAGCCAACUUUGUCUUUAUUUUUCAAAUAUAUGAACUUGCACUUUGAUCUUUUUCAGAUCUGCAGAAAUGUUGGGCCAGCAGAAGCUCCUCUCACUCUGGCUCUGUCUGUUGAUCAUGGCAGCUUUUUGCCCAGGUGCUCAGUAUGUGUACGGUAGACGACGUGGAGGCUUUUUUAAGAGUCGAGGAAAAGAAAGCACCAACAAAGAACCCUCUUCCCAGGGCCACGGCCUCCCGAAGCAAGGUCUGAAGUUGGCUGGGGCAGCAGCAGUAGCAGCUGGGGCGUUGGGGGGCACAGGCACUGGGCUGGGGCUCCUCGGUCAUUCCAAGCACGGAUCUGUGGGUCAUCAUGGGUCAUCCUCUUCCAAGUACAAUCAUCAGCUUUACUAUGAGGACCCCCAAGGAUUUUACAAUGAAACUUUGUGGACAAUCAGUGCGAGCACUGGGGGCCCUGCUCCCGACAUCUUCCUCACUCUGGGACAUGUCAUGUUUUUGCUUGUAGCAGCCUGGAUCAGAGGCAUGUAAUACAACAGAUCCAUGGCAUUUAUUAACCAAACAACUGAAAUAAAAGCUUUCUUGAACAAAUUA